AUGGAUAAAUCUGAUUCAGUUAUCGAUAAUCAGACAGUAACAUCUACUUCGGAGAAUACGGUUUUCAACGAAAAGUCUGCAACAGAAGGGACUACACUACCCAAUAAUCCAGUUGAAGAGGAUGUAGGUGAUAAACAAUCAUCGUCCAAUGUUAGUUCAAGUGUCUCGAAUAAUAAUAAUUCGAACCAGCAAUCUUCUACUUCAUCAUGGUUAAAUUUUGGUGGGUUCUCUCCAAAUUUAACAAAUCAAUUAUCUAAUUUGAGUUCAUCCAUAAUGCAAGUAACAUCAAAAGUAGCAGCAUCAACGAAUGCACUUGUCCAAAAAACAAUGGAACAUACACAAAUACAAAAACAGCCAGUUGACACAAAUAAAGAAGAACAUGAACCGUCAUCACAAUUAGAUGAACAACAACACGAACAAACGGAUACAAAUUCGAAUAAAGAUAUAAGCAGCUUUCUUUUGGACAUGGGUAAACAAGCAACGUCGACAGUACUAAAAAGUGCACAACAAUUGAAACAUGUUGUUGAAGAAAAAUCACUGAUUGGAAAUUUUUCAAAAGAACAUGAAAAAUUUUUGAAUGAAAAACGUACAAUACAACGUCGUGAAGAAGCAGCUGUUCCACCUUGGGUAGGCUACGUCGAAGAAGAAGAUAUGAAAGCACAAAUAUUAUCAUUAUCACAAGAAAGAAGAAAUUUCCUUCGAAAUCCUCCUCCCGGUGCACAGUACCAUUUUGACAUGGCUUCAAUGUAUCCAAUUGCUUUGGCAACAUUAGAUGAAGAUGUAAAUUUAAAAAAAAUGCGUUUUGAUUUAGUACCGAAACAAAUAAAUGAAGAAACAUUUUGGCGAAAUUAUUUUUAUCGCGUGAGCUUAAUUAAACAAUCUGCUCAACUAUCGGCAUUAGCCCACGAAACAACAUCAAACAAUUCAUCGACUAAUUCAAGAAGUUCAUCAAAAGAACGUCUUCGCAGAACAUCUGAAAGUGAAAAAUUAACGGGUAAUGAUAAUUCACAUAAUCAAGAAUUUGUUAGUGAAGAUUUUGAUUCAUCAACAGUAUCAAUGGAUGAUAUACGUCGUGAAAUUGAACAAUUAACUGUAACAAAGAAGAGCCCAACUAAAACAGCAACAAAUAAAGGCAGUAGUCCAGAUCUCGACGAAAGUGAAUGGGAUAAAUCAAUGGCUGAUGAAUUAGCCAAUGUAUCUGCUGAAGAGCUCGAAGCACAAAUUAAUGAAAUGUUAGCUGGUGAAAAUAAGUGA